ACGCAAUUUACGAGGUCCAGGUGUAAGCUCUCUCUAAGAAUUAUGAACACUCUCGACAAAGGAGCCAUCGGUGACGGUUUCGAGGACGUGGCCAGCCCGAUCGCAGCCAACGAAGCCGUCUCCAAGAGCGACCAAGAAGACGACGGCAUCGUCAUCGCGACGCCGAGCGAGAGCUGGGUCUUGCUCGACUCCAAGAGCGACGACGAAGAGGUGACGCUCGACGAAGCGUCGACGGCGUCGCGGCGCCAGCCCGGCCUCAUCGCGGCCGCCGUCGCCUGCGCGCUGGUCGUCGCCGCGGCCGGCGCGUUCGCGGCCACGCGGCCAUCCGCCGUUGUCAAGCCUCCUCCGCCGCCGCCGCCCGUGAAACGCUUCGUCCUGGCUUCGGCCCUCGACAGCGUCGCCGCGGCGGCCGCCAAGGUCCGCGCCGACGGCAUCGACGCCCAGUUCGAAUUAGCAACAGGGCUUGACGGCAAGCUGGCGUCGGCGGCGGCCGUGCGGCUCGAGGCGCUCGCGAAGCUCUCCGUGACACGCUGUGUUGAAAUCAAAUUUCAAGGCGCCCCUGAUGCAUUCCACAUAGGCGGCGCGCCUAGACAAGCUAGACGAGCAGUACGGCGCCCAGGAGAAGCUCGACCGCGCGGUAGUCGUGGUCUCGGACUACGUGGAGAACGCGUCGCUCUCCGACGCCCGAAAAGCUGCCUCGGGCAUCACGGACGUCGUGCUUGGCGGCGCUUCGUCGCUGGCGGUGAGCGUCUUCGGCGACGCCGCCGUCGAGCGGGUCAAAGAGGAGGUCGUCGACGCGAGCGCGGCGCUGGUCGGACUCUUCCCGGAGUCGCACCGGCCCGAGGCCAAGACCCUGGCGACGUCGGUCGCGCUGGGCCUCGGAGGUCUCGCCGUCGGCGUACCGUUCGUCCCCGGCAUCACGGACAACCUCCUCGUCGGCGGCGUCGGCGCGGCGUUGCCGUUCCUCUCCGGCGAGGAGAACGACUAG